AUGUCGUGUGCUCUAAGACUAAGUAGUGAUGGACCCAGUAGUGAUGGACUCAGUAGUGAUGGACUCAGUAGUGAUGGACCCAGUAGUGAUGGACCCAGUAGUGAUGGACUCAGUAGUGAUGGACUCAGUAGUGAUGGACCCAGUAGUGAUGGACCCAGUAGUGAUGGACUUAGUGGUGAUGGACCCAGUAGUGAUGGACCCAGUAGUGAUGGACUCAGUUGUGGUGGACCCAGUAGUGAUGGACCCAGUAGUGAUGGACCCAGUAGUGAUGGACCCAGUAGUGAUGGACUCAGUAGUGAUGGACCCAGUAGUGAUGGACUCAGUAGUGAUGGACUUAGUGGUGAUGGACUCAGUAGUGAUGGACUCGGUAGUGAUGGACCCAGUAGUGAUGGACUCAGUAGUGAUGGACCCAGUAGUGAUGGACUCAGUAGUGAUGGACUCAGUAGUGAUGGACCCAGUAGUGAUGGACUCAGUAGUGAUGGACCCAGUAGUGAUGGACCCAGUAGUGAUGGACUCAGUUGUGAUGGACCCAGUAGUGAUGGACCCAGUAGUGAUGGACUCAGUUUUGAUGGACUCAGUAGUGAUGGACUCAGUAGUGAUGGACCCAGUAGUGAUGGACCCAGUAGUGAUGGACCCAGUAGUGAUGGACCCAGUAGUGAUGGACUCAGUAGUGAUGGACUCAGUAGUGAUGGACUCAGUAGUGAUGGAGUCAGUAGUGAUGGACUCAGUAGUGAUGGACCCAGUAGUGAUGGACCCAGUAGUGAUGGACUCAGUUGUGAUGGACCCAUUAGUGAUGGACUCAGUAGUGAUGGACCCAGUAGUGAUGGACUCAGUAGUGAUGGACUCAGUAGUGAUGGACUCAGUAGUGAUGGACCCAGUAGUGAUGGACCCAGUAGUGAUGGACUCAGUAGUGAUGGACUCAGUAGUGAUGGACCCAGUAGUGAUGGACCCAGUAGUGAUGGACUCAGUAGUGAUGGACUCAGUAGUGAUGGACCCAGUAGUGAUGGACCCAGUAGUGAUGGACUCAGUAGUGAUGGACUCAGUAGUGAUGGACCCAGUAGUGAUGGAGUCAGUAGUGAUGGACUCAGUAGUGAUGGACCCAGUAGUGAUGGAGUCAGUAGUGAUGGACUCAGUAGUGAUGGACCCAGUAGUGAUGGACCCAGUAGUGAUGGACCCAGUAGUGAUGGACUCAGUAGUGAUGGAGUCAGUAGUGAUGGACUCAGUAGUGAUGGACCCAGUAGUGAUGGACCCAGUAGUGAUGGACCCAGUAGUGAUGGACUCAGUUGUGAUGGACUCAGUAGUGAUGGACUCAGUAGUGAUGGACUCAGUAGUGAUGGACCCAGUAGUGAUGGACCCAGUAGUGAUGGAGUCAGUAGUGAUGGACCCAGUAGUGAUGGACCCAGUAGUGAUGGACCCAGUAGUGAUUGA